AUGGCGACCCUCCCGCCCACCGAUCCCAAAUCCCUCACGACCUGGGAAGAUGCCUUCCAAUACCCACUCCCCAUCGUCCGGAAACUAGAGCAACAACUCCGCCAGAAUAUCGAAGAUCAUCGCUCGAAACUACGGUCUUUGGUCGGGAAUAGUUAUCGGGAUUUACUGGGGACUGCGGAGAGGAUUAUUGAGAUGGAUGGGCAGAUCCGACAAGCAGAAUCAUACAUGGAGGAUAUCGGGAGGAAAUGCAACUCGAGAGCUGUGGGAAGGGUUGGAGGGAAUUUCGCGAGGAUGAAGAAGGAGCAAGAGGAUGUGGGAUUACAGAGGAGGAAAGCCGUGGUUGCGCAGACGAAGGUGCUGCAGAAGAUUAUUGGGGUCGUGGGGAGGAUUGUGAGGGGGAAUGGGGAUGCGUUGCUUGGGGCUAAGGUUUUGGUACUGGGCAGGUUGGUGUUCAAGGGUCUUGUCGAGGGGGAGGAAGUUGCGCCGGAGGUGGUUGAUGGGGAGCUGAAGAGGAGGUUGGGGAGUAUGAGGAAGAGGUUGUUGGGCUACAUUUCGAGGACUUUGGCGAGGAGGGAUGCGGAUGUUGGGAUGACGGUCAAGGCGCUGUGUGCGUACUCUCUCAUCUCGAGUUCGUCGUCGAAGGAGGUUUUGAGAUAUUUCUUACAGGUGCGGUUUGAGCAGUUGGAAGCCAAGGCGGAGGGGAUGGAGGAGGGGAGGCUGGCCGAGAUGUUGGAGCUCUACGGAAAUUCUGUGCUGGAUACGAAGGAGUUGUUUCCGAGACGGUUCGCGGAUGCUUUGGCGGGUCUUUCGAGGACCGCGCUGAUACGGGACGAGAGUGUGCGGGCUGUCUAUGAAUUGAGUCUGGAUGUCUACGAGCAGUGGAUUGGAGAGGAUGUGAGGAACUUUCAUCCUUGGGUUCGACAUGAUCAGCUUUCUUCUGCUGAAGUCAGCAGUGCUCUGGCUUCCUGGACCAAACAGGCCCAGUCAUGUCUGUUAUCAACACUGAAGGAGACUAUCGCAAAACAAACAGACGCUCAUGCCGUGCUGGCCCUUCGGCAGCAUUUACUAUCAAAGUACCUCUCCCUCAGCGCCAAGCUACGAAACGAGGAGCAUUCACGUGCCAUGGACGAUCUCCGCAUAGUCUUUCUGACACGACUGGAAGAACUCGCGGACCAAGCAGCCAAGAUGUCACCCCUUCCUCUGGAUACCCAAUUGUCAGGGACAAACGCACGCGCACCCAAAGUAUGGGAUCUCGCAACCUCAGAUCUGGAACCAGGCACAGGAGCCACAAACUUUCGCAAAGCAGUCAUGGAACGCCAACAAGGUCGAUCCGCCGCAACGGAAAGUUUAUCACGAACCCUGGAUGACUGGACCAUUAACCUGCAGCAAUUCGCCGAGGCGAUAUCAUCCAUGCGACUUCUCAAAUGGGACGAUGAUCUGGACUUGGAACUAUUGGAGGAUGAUGAUCUGAGUGACGGUAGCGAGUCGUUGCAGAUGAUUCUUAGCAAGCAAGAUCCUCAAGUAUUGGAGGCGAGACUGAAUAGGUCGACUAUGGAUUCGAUAAAGGCUACAUACUCCGAGGUUGAAAAGAUGGGCGAGUCAGUAGAGGAUGCAGCCCUACUGAUUCGGAUCAUUCGAGACGUGGAUCUACGACGGAGGGGUCUGGGGCCUAUUUUGGAGGGGAUUGAGGAUAAGGCGAUGGCGAGUGAGACGUUUAUUGCGGCGCUACAGCAACGAGUUGCGAGGAGCGUCUAUGAAGUACCGAUGGGAAAGUUCGAGGCGAAGAGAAUUCGAGGUAUGGUGGCAUUGUGGGAUGGUACACCGGCUCUACCUGUUCAACCUUCACCGGCAACAUAUCGUUUUGUGAAGGAUUUACAUCAGUGCAUGGCAGGAUCUGGCAACGAUCUUUGGAGUCCUUGCGCUGUGCAGGCAUUGAAAAAGAUGGUGAGAGAGGGGUUGGGAGGGAAGUUUGAGGUUGAACAUGAUGAUGGGGUGAUCGACGAACUGUCCAAGGGAGGAGGAAGUGGCGCGAGUCAUGGGCACGCCGAUGAAGCCGAGUCGGCGAAUGCUGAGGAGGCGACUUCUCCUUCUCCAGGGAACGAUGAGACGAGGAAUCGACUCGUGCAGACCCUGUUUGAUCUACUUUACCUGCAGUUCGUUUUCCACACUGGUGCAGAGGACGAGUCUGGCAGGCUUGAAGAAGUUGUUGGGGGGUUGAGGAAAAAGGUCGAUUUGGAACCUGCAGCCAAUGAGAGGUUAAGGAAAAGCGCUGGGGAUUAUUGGAGGAGAACGUAUUUGUUAUUUGGACUAUUGGCUGGAUGA